GUACAUUAUGUACCUGAGUAUCCGCGCCAGACUGCAAUAUCCGCCGACACUAGUGCGAUCUUUGUAACGUGCACCGAUACCCGCGAAUAACCGCUACCGCCCGCUUCAUAUCAGCGCGACCGCCCGCACCUGCACUCGCGCACAUGACCGAAUUUUACAACGAGAAACGUUAGAGUGGGGUUGUAAGCGUUGCUGACAAUGCAAUAUUGCUGAUUGUGCGGUGGCAUUUCAAGGAGCGCGGAUGGUGGUGGAGAGGGCACGGGCGUAUAUAGAGUCGGUUUGCGCAGCUGUGAAUGGUAGUGGUUUGUUCGAACAGUCAAAACAUACGAAGCGCCUCUAUAUCUUGUGCCCAUGAUUCGAUAGCAUCACCAAGCUCUGCCACCCAACAUGGAGUUUCUCCUCAGCAUACUCACGUCUCCGCUGGUCCUGCUAGCCUCCAUCUUCGGCGUGCUUUUCCUCUACGUCUUUGCGGUAAUCACAUACCGCCUCACCCUCCAUCCCCUCGCGCGCUACCCCGGCCCCAAGCUCGCCGCCAUAACAGACAUCUACCUCACCUACUACGCCUACCGCGGCUCUCGACACCUCGCCUUCCAGCGCGCCCACGAAAAUUACGGUCCCUAUGUCCGCCUCGGGCCCAACACGCUCUCCUGCAACACCGCCACCGCUCUGAAAACCAUCUACGGGUUCCGCGCCAACGUGCGCAAGGCUGAUUUCUACACCGCGUUUCCGGCGAACAAGAAGACGGUGAAUGUGCACAGCAGCAUCGACAAGUUGCAGCAUGCGCGGAAGAGGAGAGUCAUGAGCCAUGCGUUUAGUGAUCAGGCGAUUAAGAGUCUGGAGAAGUAUAUCUUGGCGAACGUGAGAACUGCGUGUCGAUUGUUGGGAGAGAAGAGGGGUGGUGAGAAGGGAUGGAACGAGCCGUGGAACGCGGCAGAUUGGUGUAACUGGUUGGUGUUCGACAUCAUGGGUGAUUUGGUCUUUGGUAAAGCGUUCGGUAUGCUGGAGAGUCCUGCGAACCGGUUUGCGGUGGAUCUGGUUGGGAAUGCGGCGCAUCGACAUUUGAUCUGUGGAACGCAUUUGACGAUACACAAUUGGCACCUGGACAAGAUUCUGUUCCGCAAGAUUGCGGCGCAGCGAGGACAGUACAUGCAGUACAGCAAAGCCCAGGCGAUGGAGAGGACGAAGAUGGGGCUCGACGUCGACCGCAGAGAUUUCUUCUUCCAUUUGCUGAAUGCGAAGGAUCCUGAGACGGGCAACGGGUUCAGCAUGGACGAGCUGUGGGGCGAGUCGAAUUUGUUGAUCAUUGCUGGCUCGGACACGACAUCCACCGCCAUGGCUGCCACAUUCUUCUACCUUGUCCAUAACCCGGCCACUCUUCAGAAGUUGUGUCAGGAGAUACGUGCUACGUUCGCGGAUGUCGAGGAGAUUGUUUCCGGGCCGACGCUUAGCGGCUGCGCAUACCUGCGUGCAUGCAUCGAUGAGUCCAUGCGCAUGACGCCACCAGUCGCUGGUGCUCUCCCCCGGCAAGUUCUUCCAGGUGGGAUCGACAUUGACGGCCACCACAUUCCCGCCGGUGUGGACGUGGGCGUGCCGCACUACGCUGUCCACCACAACGCCGACUACUUUCCGCGUCCGUUCGACUACGUGCCCGAGCGAUGGCUUUCCGAUCCGGUAGCCAACCCAUUGCACAACAAGCUUUCAGAGGCCCAUGCUGCCUUUUGUCCCUUCAGUAUAGGUCCAAGAGGAUGCAUUGGUAAGGGAUUGGCGUACGUCGAGUUAACUGUUACGAUUGCGCGAGUGUUGUAUCUGUAUGACCUGAGGUUGGCACCGGGUUCGACAUUGGGCGCGGGAAACAAGGAUUUGGAAGUGGGGAGGACGCGGGCAUCAGAGUAUCAGAUCGAAGAUCGGUUUGCGAGUAUGAAGGAUGGGCCUAUGUUACAGUUCCGAGCCAGGCAGUCGGAGCUCAGUCCUCAAGGUCAUUGACGCUAAAUUUUGCCGUCCUUACCAGAUGGGACGCUGACUUCUAUUGAUCCGAUAGCAUCGUCUGGAGGUCCUGAUAUAGAAUCUUUCUUGAAC